AUGGCGUCGGCGGAAGAGAUUCUCAUGCAAGUCAUCGACCGAAGAGAGUUCAAGCCCACGAGCGAAGAGUGCCCGUUCUGUCGCGAAGCGCGCGUGAAAGAGAACGGGUCGAAGUGCUUGGGGAUCUGUCGAAACCCGCAAAACGUGCCGGGGCCUCUGGUGUACCCGCACGCGAUGCAAACGUGGGAAGACGCGGUUGAUUGUAUAUUGUGGGCGAUGAGAGACAUAUCGACGCCGCGAACCGACCACGGCGUUCAAGUGAUGUGGGAGUACGCCGUGGAGCACGGAAAUAUGGAACGCUCGCGAUUCUUUGGGUUUUCGAGUGAUAUGUAUCACUUUGACCAUUUCAUCGGCAAGGCUUUGAACACUUACGACGCCUUCGUGAGGAACACUGGGCACGAAAUCACGCAAGUGUCGACUAUGGAAGACGGCCGAACAAGAGUUGAUGUUCGAGUGAAGGAUAGGGUAGGAGAGGAGACCGAAUGGAUUUUCAUCAUGGUGCGUAGGACGUUUGGGAAAUACGAGGGCUGCAUCCAGGCUCAUCGGAUCGUGCGCGCGGAUUUUCCGCACCUCGGCGAUAUUUAG